AUGCCUCGUGAACAGCAAAAAAGAGGCCGCAGGGCCGAGAAGAAAGCCCAGAAAGAUGAUUCCAAGAGAAAGUUCGAGGAAACACCCGAAGACCCCGUUGCAAAGCGAAUGAAGCCCUCUGCCGACGACGAGACCAACGAGGCCAACGACGACAUCCAACUUCCUGAAAAUGAGGACUACAUUCCCCUUGACCAGGGUGAACAGCAGGUACAGCAGGAAGGCGAGCAACCUGACCUGGAUGGCGAUAUGCCUUUCUACGGUCUUCUAGACGAGGAGGAGUCGGAAUACUUCCAGCGCGCCAACGAAAUGCUGGAGCUGAACGAGUUCCAGGACGCCGAAGAGCGCAGCUUGUUUGUCGACAGUGUGUACUCGGAAGCCAGUGGCAAGGAGUUGAAGAUUGCUUGCAGUCAGGGCUGUUCGAGACUCAUGGAGAAAUUGAUCUCAAUGUCAAACGCUCAACAACUGCGCCGGAUAUUCAGCAAGUUCAUCGGCCACUUCCUCCACCUAGUGCAGCAUCGGUUCGCAAGUCACUGUUGUGAGACCCUUUUCAUUCACGCUGCGCCUGCCGUGAUGCAAAAGACGAAACCUCAAACCAAAAAGUCAGACGAAGACGAAGGAGAGGAAGAGCCGGAGCUGACCCUCGCAGAAAUGUUCAUGGCUGUUAUUGAAGAAUUGAAGGAAAACUGGGGAUACCUGUUGACAGAGAGAUUUGCGUCGCAUACGAUCCGAGUGCUACUGCUGGUUCUUGCAGGCGAGCCUGUGGAUGUCACGUCAAAUGAGUCCUUUGUCGCAAGUCGCAAGAAGGAAAGAAUUGAGAUCAAGGCUAUUCAGGGCGAGGAGAAGGUGGACAAAUCUAAAGCCGAGAAACACACUGUUCCAGCGACAUUUGAGCCGGCACUCAAGAAGAUCAUGACCGAUAUGGUUGCUGGUCUCGACGAUGUCUAUCUCCGAGCCCUGGCCACGCAUCCAGUUGGAAACCCCGUGCUUCAGGUACUAUUGUUCUUGGAGCUUUCGCACUUUGGAAAGUCUAGCGCCAAAGAUCCCAAGUCGACCAUCCGGAGACUGGUUCCCGACGAGUCGUUUGAGGAAGAAUCCGAAAGCGCGAUCUUCAUUCGUGGUCUUCUCUACGACCCAGUCGGUUCCCGUCUGUUGGAGACGAUGGUGCGAUACCUUCCUGGUAAAUCAUUCAAAAACCUUUACAAGAACAACUUGGGUGACCGAAUUGGUUCGCUCGCUCGCAACAGCACUGCUGGAUAUGUGGUUCUUCGGAUGCUGGAAAGACUUGGCAAGGAUGACUUAAAGAUCGCCAUGACCAACAUUAUCCCUGAAGUUCCCGGCCUGAUUGAACGGUCAAGACUCAUUGUUCCCAAGAUGUUGAUCGAGCGAUGUGUGGUCCGUGGCGUCGACACAAAGCCUCUUGCCGAAGCACUUGAGGGUGCUUAUAGCCAAGAUCCUGUUAUUAGACUGCAGCAAAUGCUGAAGUUCAACCCCUCCGAGAACACAGCCCCGCAAACUGAAGACCAUGAUAUGGACGGGGACAACGACGGAAAGGAGCGCAAGCCACGGGGCCCACCCCCGGUAUCUGCGGCCGAGAAGGCCGAGAAACUGCAUGCUUCUCUGCUGGUACAGGCUAUGUUGACCGUUCCUGGCCCGAUGAGCCAACUUGUCUACACGAGUCUCCUCGCCCAAUCACCCGAAAUCAUCGUACAACUUGCCCAAGAACCCACCUCUUCCCGCGUUCUCCAACAGGCCCUGACUUCCACAACCUCCACACCUCAAAUUCGACGACAACUCACCACCCGUUUCCAGGGUCAUCUCACACCUCUUGCCUUGAGCAGCAGCGGAUCACACGUAGUGGAUGCGCUCUGGACCGCAACCAAGGAUAUCUUCUUUGUCAAGGAGCGCAUGGCGCAAGAACUCGAGCAGCAUGAACAGGAGCUCCGUGAUUCCUUUGUGGGUCGUGCCGUCUGGCGAAACUGGUCAAUGGAUCUCUUCAAGCGCCGCCGACGCGAUUGGGCUCACAAGGCCAAGGGUCUUGAGGAGCGAACUGAGAGCAAUGAAGGCGCUGCACGUCCCGUGUCUAAACUUGACCAGGCGCGGGCCCGUUAUGCAGCAGCCAAGGAAGCAGCCGAUGCUGGUGCUACUGGUGCGAACCAGACUGCGGUGUCUAGCAGACAAUGA